AUGAAUGUUGGCACGAUGGUGAUAAAUAUACCUGUUCAACUACUUCCACCAAGUCCAAUACUAAAUGACGGUACUAAACUAAAGACAUAUGGACAACUGGCCUAUGAUUCAGAGAUCAUCCUAUUACAUCUAUGCAAUCGUUUCAACAUCCUAUCAACAUCAAGAGUGAUCAGCAUUAGCAUAUACCCAAUCAAGGCGCUGCUUCAUGAGAAGUACCAUACUAGUCUGUCAUUGGUGAGCGAUAACUUCUUUGUAGACAAGCUACAACAACAUCAACAAGGCAACACAAUCAUCAAGCUCAAGUUCUUUCAAACAGAGUUCCAACAUCAUCAAUGGCCACUCGACAAGCAUAGUGAUCGUAUACUCAAACUACUCUUGUCGCACACGACCUCAUCAAACAUAUUGUUUGAGUUCGAUGUACAAUCAUAUUUGAAUGAUAGUAUGCUUGAAUACUUGGCCAUGACCAGACAUGUACAACGCUUUGACUUCUACGUUGGAGAUAAAUAUAGAAGUCGUAUACAUGACAAGAUGUUUGAGAGACUUGCGGACAUCAUGACCAAACAUUGCAACACAAUGACAUCACUAAGCUUGGAUGAUAGAGUGUUUGUUGAACGAAUCCAACCUCAACUACAUCUAUUCACAUCGUUGGACUCAAUCUCAAUCACAAGAACACGACUGAUCAACCUCAUUGGUCUUUACCAGUUGGCCAACAAUCCUCUGUCUAACCUCCGUUCACUCACCUUCCUAGAGGCCCAUGAGGUUGCUGAGGAACUCAAGGAGUUCUUGAACAAUGUAUCACUCGAACAUUUGAACAUUCAUCGACUUGAACUCACUGAUAUGACGCCGAUCAAGACAUCAAAAGUACUGGCACUGGAUCAGUUUGAGACCAUCAAUAUCAUGUCAUUCAGUGAUUCAAGUAUCGAGUAUCCAUGUGUAAUUGGCCAGCGUCUUAGACACUUUGUCGUGCCAAACAGAUGUAUGAAGCAUCUCGACUUGUCCUCAACCAACGGUCAAUCAUUGGAGACAUUGACAUUACAUGGAUGGACCGAUGACAUUGAGGACUAUGAUCGAUUGGCAGCAUUCUUGGACAAUCAUCCAAGAUUACUAUCACUCAAUGUUGAAAUACAUUGCUGCGAGCCAUUGCCAAACAUAAUAGAUGUAUUCAACUGUUAA